CUCGUGGUAGACACUAUAUACAGCAAAAAUGGAAGGAGCUAACGGAUAUGCUAAACAGUGAUGGCACUGGAGACCCUCGAACAGAGGAGAAGUGGCGGAAGGUUGUUGGUGGGGAAGAAGAUAGCUUGUCAAGUACUCAUCUGCAAGUUACAGCCACCGAAAAUGUAGAUGAAUUGACUGUCAACGAUGUUCCCUAUGAAUGUACUCCAAUUCCUGAAGAUAUAUGGAAUACUCCAGGAACGAGCAGUCAACCUACAGUCGCUCCGCCGCCUCUUCCUCCACAACCACCAGCACCUAAACAACCAGCAGCUCCAGAAGAAACCCAGUGGCAACCACCAAAAAAGAAGAAAAAGUCCGAAGACCCAGUUUUUAAAAUAUUUAAGGAGUGUGAGGAGACUGCAAGGGAGUAUGAAAGGGAGCGUGACCGAAUUGUGCACGAAUUAGAACGAGAGAGGAUUCGACAGCGUGAUGUAGAGCUUCAUUUACAAGCUCAGUGGUUGGAAUUUAUGAAAGAGGCUUUGAAAGUAUUAAGAAUGUAUUUGGAGAGAAGUGAGUAGUGCUUGUUUGACUAUCGCAGCAUUGAACAAAUGCACAAACCUCAUUGGUUUUAAAUG